CAUUUUAAAUAGAAACAUUUCCCUGGCAGCAGGAGUAGUGCAGUGCUAUGAAUGUGCUGCUUAUUUGCUUUUAGGUGUAAACUCCUGCGCGUAGAAGUAACGAUCCAACCGGCUCCAAAUUCUUUAAAGGGAAAAUUACUAACGAUAUUAAAUUAAAAAGGUUAACGAGAAUGUGUUGAUAACUUAUUACAAUAGAACAGCAAAGUGCAUUGCUGAUUGAGGCGUGGUCAGUCUGCUUCAGAUCCCGCAGUAAAUGCUGAGUAGGAGCCAGCUGAUGUAAGCAGGGAGGCUUUAGGUUGGCAGAGAAGCCGGUUCAGUUUGUAACUGUGUGCAUCUUUAUGUUCUGUUCAUUGAACACGGUUGAUUUGGUGUAGGAUUUCUAAGUGGCAAUGUCUGGAUCAGGUCGCGGCCGAGGCAGAGCACAAUUCACUUUCAACAUCGAAGCUAUUGGCUUUUCCCGGGGUGAAACUCUGCCUGAAGCUGCAUAUCAACCCCUCCCUUUAUUUCCGCCCACAGAAUUUAAGCCUGUCCCCUUGAAUACAGGGGAAGAUGUAAACUAUAUCCUGGCCUUGAAGCAAGAGCUAAGAGGAGCCUGCAAGAAACUACCAUAUUAUAUUGACCAUGUUGAUAUAAAGAAAGACGUUGAAAGAUAUGCAAACAAGUAUCAAGAAAAUGAUUGCAAGAAAGAUUGGAUACCAGAUUGGAGAAGGCUUCCAAGAGAGCUAAAACCAAGAAUCAAAAGGAUUAAAAAGACAAAUACUGCACCCAUGGUUUCCCAACCCAAAAAACCUCAAACUGUCACUAAUGAGGAAGUAAUACAGAAACUAGAGGUUCUAGAGAAGAAGGAUUCAGAACAUAAAUCUGAUGAAGAAACUGAAGAGAAGGAGAAAGAUAAAGAUGACGAAGAGGAUGAAGUUGCGGAAGAAGAAUAUGAUGAGGAAGAAUGUGAAGAGGAAAAUGACUACAUUGCAUCAUACUUCGAUGAUGGAGAUAACUAUGAAGCUAGUGAUGAUAAUAUGGAUGAAGCUACAUAUUAGUCGUUCCUGCCAUCAUAUGCAAUUAAUGUGUGCUGUGAAAGCAUUCACCAUUCUUGCAGGAUUGUUGUGUCCUCAGGUCCUUGCAGGAUUUCGUUUUGCACAUGUGAAGGAAUUCAAAUAAGAAAUAUUGUUUACAACAAAGAUAAAUAGGUUUUACUUUAGCCUCAAUAAGCAUACAUCAAUUAGCGCUGGUCACCUUUAGCUGGUUUAUUGAAACAAAUCUUGUGUUAAAUGCACUUAGGUUGGUGAUUGUACUGGUGUUCAUGUACUUCUGCAAGUUUUGUAGCGAAGAGAGAGAGAGAAAGGAACAUGUCAAAAUAUCUCCCUUGGUGUUAAUUUGCAUGUCAACAGUUUCAGGUAAUGAUUAUUGACAGGAAUCAUUAUUUAUUCUGAACUUUAAAAUACUGUCAGUGAAAAUGGACUGGUUUGUUGCAUCUCUGGUGCUAAAAUGUCAAUUCUUUUAACUGGUUCUGACUUAAACUAGCUAAAAAAGAAUUCCAAGCAAUGGGUUGGAUGGGCCUGGUUUAUACUGACUGAAUAUUUAUGAGUGCUUAUAUUUUUCUCAGGCUUAAAAUUGCUCUAAAGUUGUUAUUAUCAUAAUGAAAUGCAAACAUGUUUACAAAAACCAAUUGCCUCCAUUGCCCAGGCAUGUAACCUACCUCUUAAAAUUAUAAUUGCACAAGUAUAUGUCCUUGGGUACUUCAAACCUCCAGAUUACUAUCACCUUUUCAAAGUAAUUGUUUUUGUUUUCAUUUGAGUUAUGGGGUAUUGUUUGCUAGGAUAAUAUUUCCUGUUCAUCCCCAAUUCUCCUUGAACUGGUGAGCUGACACCUUGAAAUGCUGCAGUCCUUAGGAUGCAGGUAACUUCAUAUACCAUUAGGCAUGAUGUAAAAUGUUAGUAACUUCCUUAAGAGAGUUACUUAAAAGAAAGAGGCAGUCCAAGGUUGAAUAUGAAUGUGAUAAAUUACUCCCCCUUCCAACACUGCCCCCAACCCUGAACUAUUUUCAUCUAAACAGCAUUUAAAGAUCAUUUGUUUGUUUACACAUACAUUCCAAUAUGAUUUAGAAUAUAGGAAAGUACAACGCAGAACAUGAAAUGUGGUCAAUCUGUCUCACUGGUCUUUCAUUAAAAAAUUUCCAGACAUCUUAUUGGCUCAUGUUAUCUUCAGCGUGGUUGCCUUUUUUUUUCUUGCUGUGCCUCCAAUGGCUGGGUACCCUUUGGCAACUAGAAUUGUCCAUCAUACACCAAAUAUGGAUAUAUGGAGCUGUUUUUUCACCUCUUCUGAAGCCAAUGUGGUUAAAUAUUCCUACAGCUGUUAGUGUUAUUUGAUUCAGUGAGCUGUCCAUCAAAAUAGCCAACUCUUCUCCUGUAGCCCAGAGUGAUACAGUUUUGAUUCACACUUUUUAAUUCCUUUUCCAAAUUUUUGUUUUCCACUUUCCAACCUGACUAGCACUGAGACUACUUGAGUGACCCCUUGUUAUGCUGAACCUCCAUACAAAAAAAAUUGAAAAUUAGUGAAAUCAGAAAACAAUUCACUUGUCUUCAGUUCCAUGCCAUGAGUGAAUGACACAAUCGAAAGCUUUUCUGAAAUCCUAACCACAGAAUUUUGUUUUCAAGGAAAGAUAUGUGCCUUUCAUGUUCUCAUGUCACCCCAAAGCAUUUCAGUAGAUGAAUUAUUUCUGAAAUGUAAUCUUUGUUGUUUUGAAUACACAAACUGCAGGGUCCCUCAAAGAACAUGAGGUUAAAAAAAAAAGCUAUUUUGGUAUUGUGAGAAAUAAAUAUUUAUUGUAAACUAAAAGUCCCUGACGAAGUUAUAAAUUAAUUCUAUUUUCCAUUCUGUACUUGACCAUAGAAUCUUUGACAACAUUAAGGUUUAAGAUGUCCUUUGAAUUCUGGGUAUUUAUUUAACAUCAGGACAGUAUUUUUCAAAUAGGAAAAAAUAGACAUCAGUCUACAGCCCUCUUAUAUCAUCAUCUGCAUAUAAUCAAGGAACAUAUAGACAACUUUUAAGUGGUCUGACUGAAAAGUCUAGAAUUACUCAGAUUAUUAAUGAAUUAAAGCCUUUAAAAUUAAAGAGCAGUAUUAUUUUGCCUUAAUAUUUUUAAUAGGUUUUGUUAGUCAAUGACAACCAGUAGUACCAGGGCUUAUUUGCAUUUGAUUUUGUAAAGUAUAUAUUUUUAUGCAUAAAUAACUGAUUUAGUAUUUGCUAUAAUGUAUGCCAAAUAUAUAAAACUUCUGCAGAUUUUGAAAGUUAUUUAUUUUGAUCUACUACUUUCUAAUAUGAUUUUGUUUACAUGUAAACUUAACAUAGCAUGGCAUAUUCUUAAU